UUUCUGACGUCAUCAAAGAAGGACAGCUAAAGUGAGUAUCAUUGGCAUCACUGCUUUAGCAUCCCCUCAGUCACUGAAUUUUACUACACAUACACAUGGAUAAGCAGUUCCAAGCAUCGUGUUUGAAAGAAGCGAUAACAAUCUGGGAAAAACCGAUAGCAAUAUUACUGAAGAAAUCGAUAACAAUUUCACGGAAAAAAUCGACAACAAUAAUAUGGAAGAGAAAGAAAGCAACGCUUCGAGCAAUCUAACGAUAAUGAGGGUAUUAGAGCUGUACAGUGGCAUCGGAGGGAUGCAUUUUGCACUCUGCGAAAGUGGAGUUGCGGCAAAAGUAGUCGCUGCGGUCGACAUAAAUCCUGUUGCGAACGAUGUUUACCGUCACAACUUUCCGGGGACCUUUCUUGUGAACAGGAAUAUCCAAUCCAUCAGUGCACAGGAACUAAACAAACUGAAUGUGGACACUAUACUUAUGAGCCCUCCGUGCCAACCUUUCACAAGAUUAGGACUGAAAAAGGAUGUUAUUGACAAUAGAGCUUGUUCCUUGUUACAUGUCUUGGACUUGAUAUCUGAAUUAAGAAGUUUGAGGUAUCUUUUGCUUGAGAACGUUAAAGGUUUCGAAAUGUCUCAGAUGAGGGACAAAUUGGUAGAUUGUCUGGAGAAAUGUGGAUAUGCUUAUAGAGAAUUAAUAUUGAGUCCGUGCCAAUUUGGCGUACCAAACAGCAGGCAUAGGUAUUAUUUACUAGCGAAGAGAAAAGAUCUGAAAUUUCGUUUUAAACGAACUUCGUUAGAAACCGACUUGUCCCCUGAAUUAUCAAGAUUAUUGCCAGAAAGUAAACACUCCCUAUUAGCGAGAAAAAGUGGCAAAAUUAAUUCUAAAUCCGGCAGAAUGUGUUACACGUUAAAUAAUGUUUUGGAAAAUAUCGAGGAAUUCAAGUAUUUGGUGCCCUCAGAACUGUUAAGAAAAAGAGCGUGGGUAUUUGACAUACGAACGUCUGAAAGCAAUGGUUCUUGUUGCUUCACCAAAGGAUACAGACACUAUGCAGAAGGCACGGGUUCUGUGUACUGUCCAUUUUCGGACGAGAUAAUCAGACUAAAGUAUGACGAAGCUACUAAUCAUGAGGACGAUUCAGCCAAGACGCGGAUUUUAUCAGAAUUGAAACUUAGGUUCUUCUCCCCCCGAGAGGUGUGCAGAUUAAUGUGCUUCCCGGAAAGUUUCGAUUUUCCGGAGCACACUACUGAUAAACAAAAAUACAGACUGCUAGGUAAUUCGAUAAAUGUUCACGUAGUCAGCAGGUUAAUACUUUUAUUAUGUAAUGAAAGUGAAAAUAAUUGAGAAUCGAUAGAAUUA